AUGGCCAAAAAAUAUACUCGAUCUAAUUGUGAAUAUUCACUUCCAAAAACUAGGGAAUCGAUCAUUCGGGCUUUCGAUUCUAUUUCCAUAGAGCAAAUUCGUUCUUUCGCUAGACUUUCGUAUAG